AUGAAAAAAAGAGUUAUGGCUAUUGAGAAGAUCAAUGGAUAUAUGCAAAAAUUGGAGAUGGUGAAAAAGAUAUUUGAUCUAUUACCUCAUUUUACUUUGCAUAGAGUGUUGUCUCAAAUUUCUCCACAAUUUUAUAGUAAAGAUGAGUUAACAGAGAUAGAAAAAGUCACCCAAAUUUUGUGUCAACAAACAAAUCUACCUCUUAUUUCACAAAGCAAAGUGGAAGGAGUGGAAGUCAGUAACUUAAAAAGGUGUCGCUCAAGUAACGAAGGUGGUAACAUGUUUAAUGGAGAAAGAAGAGUGAAACCAAAGCUCGUAGUUAAGAAGAAACCAAACAAUCAUAAGAAAGAAAUUUUAUCAUCACCACCACCGGAGUUGCCUAAUCAUAUUAAUAACUUGAUCAAUGUUUUGGAUGGCACUGAUAUUAAAUAUAUCAUGUGUAAAACAUUGUUCAGCACCGAUCUCAGCUCUUACCACAAUCGUCUUUCCAUGCCAAUUUCCCAAAUUAAAUCUGAUUUUUUAACUGAAAUAGAAAAGGCAACCUUAGAAACAAGAGAUCAAGAGGGAAAACCGUCUUGUUUAAAGGUGGUUGUGUUAGAUUCUGAUUUUAAUGAAUUCUCAUUAUCUCUAAAGAAGUGGAAUAUGACCAGUUGUAUUACUUAUAAUCUUGUUCAAGAUUGGACAGAUGUUUUAUCAAAGAAUAAUUUUAAGGAUUAUCAAAAAAUCGACAUUUGGUCAUUUAGGGUUAAUGGCAAGUUAUACUUCAUCCUCGAUACUAAUGAGCCAGAAGAAAUUGAAAAAAGUGGAAAACAGAACAAUUCAAUUGUAAUUUCAAAAACGGAAGAUAAACGAAGAAGUCAAAGGAUGAAGACUGCUAACUCCAGAUGGAAGGACUUUGAGUGA